AUGCCUAAAUUUGUUAAAUUUAUGAAGCCAUUACUAAAGGGGGCGAAAGAGAAAACGGUCAAGGAGCAUGUAAACAUGACCAAAAAGGAUGAAGUGGUAAUAUCUCCAGCUUUUCCACCAAAAUUAAAAUAUCCAAGUAAGUUUACUAUUUCUUACAACAUCGGUGAGGUGAAUAUUCCGCAUGCUUUGUGUGAUCUUGGAUCUUGCAUAAAUGUCAUUCCACUAAAAAUGGUAAAAGACUUGAAAGUGGGUGAGAUUACACCGAGUAACAUGAUUCUCACUCUAGUUGACUCAUCAUUUAUUCAACCGAUUGGUAUUUUACGUGACAUGUUAGUACAUGUUGAAGGACUAGUAUUACCUAUGGAUUUUGUAGUGUUGGAUACAAAAGGAGAUUUGGGAGGAUCUGUUAUUCUCAGAGGACCAUUCUUGGCGAUCGAGAAAGCAAAUAUUGAUGUAGAACUGGUGAACUCAUCUUGA